AUGAAACAAGUCGCUGUUAUCCGCUGUCUGCGAAUCCAAGAGGUGCUAGAGAUGGUCAUGGGAGACCUUCGUAAAUCCAGUCGCAGGGACGUGGCCAGGAUGGCCAGGACCUGCAAGACCUUUUACCACGUCGCCGUCGCGGUCCUUUGGCGAGACGUAACUGGCCUAAGGCCGUUUAUGUCCACAAUCCCUGGGCACACAUGGAUCAAGGACGGGCAGCAAUAUGAAUGGAUAUGGAAGCCGACGCGAUUGAAUGGCACCGACUUCGAUGUCCGCCGCCUAGCCUUCUACGUCUCUCACAUCAAGUCUUUUACCUGGAAAUUCGACAGUGACAUUACUUUGUCCAGUGCCGUACGGUUUCUCCAAGGCAUACCUCGCUCAAUGGUCCUGCUGCCUGCCUGCCGCACGGCUAGAGUUGAAAAUGACAUAAAAUGGUUUGAUAUGCUCCUCGGCAGUCGCCUGUUCGUAGCACCAGUGUUGGAAGAGCUCUAUUCCAACGCGCGUGCACGCCACGCAGAGCCUGUAUUCCGAUGGCUUCAACAAAUAUUUCCUCGGCUCAAGACCUUACACAUGACCGGCCCCUCGAGCAGUGUUACGUGGCCGCCCCCACCGCUCACCGGGCAUACCUUGGCCCCUCUCACAACCACACGUAUAUCGGCGUUCGACGCCCACGACCCACUCACCAUCAACGCCCUACGUGUUCUCUCUACUAUGCGGACUCUGGAACACAUCAGUGCGCGACUUGACCUAAGCAGCGACUCGGAUCCCGUUGCCGCCCCGCCGGGACGACCAUUCCGUUCACUCAAGUCGUUGCGCCUAUUCGCCCACUGGAUCAACGACCUCACUCUCGCGGUUAUCAAGUCGAUUUCCUCGACCGAACUGCAAUGCUUGGAGCUCACGGUCAAAGCUCGGGCGCAAAGUCAUUUGAGCGAGCAGUUCCUUCUCGCUCAUAUGACUGCUCUGAGCCGGGCUCCGUUCAGGAAUUCCCUACGAGAAUUCAAGCUCUACCUCCACCACGACGAACAGGUGGACCUGCAAUGGAACAUCGGUUCACAGAUCCUUCGGCCGGUCCUGGGCCGUCUGGACUCUCUCGUAUCCCUUCAAAUAUUUGGGGACGCGAUCGCCUUGGAUUUCGAGAUCUGUCGGAGCAUCGCGGAGGCAUUCCCGCACUUGGAGAUAUUGGCGUUGAUGGAUGAAGGCGACGACCCUUACGCCGGGUCGCUGAGUCCAACACUCGAUACGGCGGCACGAUCUGCGCCCCUUGAGGGCCUCGCGUUCUUUGCGAAGCAUUAUCGUGCGCUCACCAGUCUCAGGAUGCCCGUGCGAAUCGAGAGCAGCGUGCUGCCUGCCUGGCCCGCCGCGCAAGAUGUAUCAGCGACGAUCAAAGAUGGGCUAAUACUUCUGAGGCUCGAAGGCGACGAAGAAGCCGUUGUGUACGACAGUGUGCGGGCGUAUGUGGACGUGUUGCUUCCUGCGUAUGAAGGCAUAUUUAUGUAUUGACUUUUUUCUACUCCUUUCUUCUACUGCUUCAUCUCGAGAUCCCACAACAUGACUCUACGUGACUGACAUCUUCCGUACUGUGGAAAAGUUGUAGCUACUGUGUAGCACUAAAUGUCACUGGCGCAAGCAAUACGUAUACUAUGUACUUGUUGAACAACGCAUGUACUUGAACCCUCUGCGCGCCGGUUGCGUUACGUCGUUAGUUUACAUUCUUGCCGCUGCUUUCGU